CGCACUUUAUCUUUACCCCUCACCUAUUUCCGAGCUCGUGUGAACGAUUCGCUUUCAACACCAUGGCUGGCAGAGUCGCUGCCGAAGAGAUGAAGUACCAAGGGGGGGAGGACUAUGCAGAUCCCGUUAAGGUUCAGACUGGCAUCCUCACAGAUAUCAAGGCUCUUCAUGCGAAAGGGAGAUUGCUGUCAACAGUCCAGACUUUGUAUGAGGUCACCAAAACUAAGGGGCAACCUAUCGAUGACAAGAAAAUGACGAUGGAAAAGCUGAUAGGAAUCACUGCAUCCUUGCCCAGUACCUCGAAAACUCGCCUCAAGCUUACCGAUACCGUCAUUGAUACGCUAUGGGACAGCCUUCAACACCCACCUCUAAGCUACAUGGGCGAUGAAUUCCAAUAUCGAACUGCAGAUGGGAGCAACAACAACGUUCUGAACCCUAACCUCGGGAAGGCUGGCACUGCUUAUGCAAAGACUUGCAAAUCCGAAAAGAAACAGCAUGCAGUUAGACCUGACCCUGGCAUGCUUUUUGAUAUGCUCAUGGCCCGCCCGGAGGGAGAGUUUAAAAAGAACCCAGCAGGUGUCUCGUCAAUGCUCUUCUAUCACGCGACCAUCAUUAUCCACGAUAUCUUUAGGACUAACCGUGUCGACCCUAAUAUCUCCGAUGCCUCCUCGUACCUAGACCUGGCCCCGCUCUACGGUUCUAAUAGGGCGGAACAAGAGAAGGUUCGUACUAUGGAACUAGGGAAGCUUUGGCCAGACACUUUCCAUGAACGACGCCUCCUCGCUCAGCCACCUGGGGUGAAUGUAAUGCUUGUGAUGUAUAAUCGGUUCCACAACUACGUUGCAGAUAUCUUGUUCAAGAUCAAUGAAGGCAACCGUUUCCCGGAACCUGACGCCAAUGUACUCUUACCCGACGAGCUCACUGCUGCCAGGAAGAAGCUAGAUGAAGAUCUUUUCCAAACCGCUAGAUUGAUUACAGGCGGGAUGUAUUGCAACAUCUCCUUGCACGACUAUCUUCGUGGGCUGACAAAUUGCCACCACUCGGACACGGACUGGGCUUUUGACCCACGAAUUGCCAUCGACCAACAUUUCGAUGGACAUGGCACUCCCCGCGGCGUCGGCAAUCAAGUAUCUGCUGAGUUCAAUCUCCUUUAUCGUUUCCAUUCGAUCAUCUCCCAGAGAGACGAGAAGUGGCUCGAAGAUUUCCUCAGCAGGGAGGUAUUCAAGGACAUCAGCAAGCCGCUCGAAAAGCUGAACCCAAAAGAGUUGCUUAUGGGGCUACUUUCUUUCGAGAAGAACAUCCCAGAUGACCCAAAGAUUCGCACAUUUGCAGGUCUUCGGAGAGAUCCGAAAACCGGCCGUUUUGACGAUGGUGCAAUGGUUCAGAUUUUGAAGGAUGCAAUUGAGGAACCUGCAGGACUCUUCGGCGCAAGAAUGGUACCCAAAGCCUUGCGUGUUGUGGAGAUUCUUGGGAUAUUGCAAUCGCGGAAAUGGGGUUUGGCUUCAUUGAACGAAUUCCGAGACUUUUUUGGCCUUGCACGCCAUAAAACCAUGGAAGACAUUAACCCAAAUCCAGAAAUCGCGGACAUCCUUCGAGCCCUGUACGACCACCCAGACAUGGUCGAACUUUAUCCUGGUCUGUUCCUCGAAGAAGGCAAGCCAGAGUUGCAGCCUGGCUGUGGAGGCUGUCCACCAUUUACAGUAGGACGAGCUGUGUUUAGCGAUGCGGUCACUCUUGUGCGAUCGGAUCGAUUCUAUACGAUCGAUUACACUGCCGCUACCCUCACGAAUUGGGGCAUCACAGAGGUUGCACCGGACUACAGAGUUCUAGCCGGGUCCAUGUACUACAAGCUCAUCCAACGCGCUUUGCCUGGUUGGUUCCCGUACAAUUCCCUUCAUGUUAUGCAGCCAUUCUACACCAAAGAGAAGAAUGCCGAAAUUGCGAAGGAAAUUGGAACGUACAAGUACUACACCGAAGCGGACCCCAAGAAGCCACCGACGCCUAAGAUUGUUAUGGGGCAUGAUGCGGUGAAGAAGGUUCUUGUCGACCAACGUUCAUUCAUGGUACCCUGGGCACCUGCACUCAAUGCAAUGUUCCCGGGGGAGAGAGAUUUCACUGGAUUCAUGCUGGGUGGAGACCAGCCUGCUAAUACCGCGCAGCGUAACCUCGUGGGCGACAUCAUUUACAGUCCUCAGCAGUUCAAGCAAUUGCUGUCGAACACUGUCGUCGAUCUAGCGAAGACAUGCCUCACGUCUGAGGAGUUUGUUAUCGGCGGCCCUGGGAGACAGAUUGAUAUACUUCGAGAUGUUGUCAUUCCAGUUAACGCCCGCGUCCUAGGGGAUCUCUUCUCCCUCGAUCUCAAAACUACCGAGAACCCAUACGGGUCACUCAGCUUGCCUACCCUCUACAAGCACUUGCUCAAUGUCCGCAUCUGGGGCUUUAACAACAAUGACCCUGGUAUGGCCUGGCGACGCCGAAUGUGGGCAACCGAGGGAGCAGACGCAUUGACCAAGUCCACCAACGAAGUUCUCAAAGGUGUGAAGAAGGAGCUCCAAUGCGAGACAAUGUACGGAUGGUUGACUUCGAGUUGGACGACGCCCAGACCCAGUAAGGCCAAGUCCGGCAGUCUUCGAUGGUAUGGUCGCCAAAUCGUGAAGGAGAUGCUCAAAGCUGGGAAGACGGUGGAAGAGGCUGGUGAUAUCUGCUGGCUCACGGCUCUCGCCGGGGUUGGUGCUCCCGUCACUGUGUUCACAGAGACCUUAAAAUGGUUCCUUGACCCCGAGAACCAAUCUUACUGGGCGGAAAUCCAAGGUUUCGCUGCAGAAAACUCCCCCAAAGCCGACGCCAAGAUCCGCGACUACGUCCUUGAAGCCCAGCGCCUAACCAGCUCCCAGCGCAACCUGCGCAUCUGCAAACAAGCCGUGACCAUCAACGGCCAAGCCUUUAUGCCAGGCGAUGUCGUCGUCUGUCUUUUGGGUCCCGCUUGCAAAGACCAAACUUGCAUCCCCAACCCAACCAGCUUCCAACCCGGCCGUGACCGAGAUGCAUACAUGCACUUCGGUUUUGGGCCGCACGAAUGUUUCGGUCGGGAGAUUGCACUCACGUUUGUAACCAGCUUGAUCAAGGUCGUUGCCGGGCUGAAGAAUCUGCGUCGUGCACCGGGCCCGAUGGGGCUUUGUAAGUAUAUCACUGUGAACCAAGAGAGGUGCUAUUUGAACGAUAAUUGGAGUUGGUUGACUUUUGAUCCGACCACGUGGAAAUUGCAUUUCGAUGGUGAGGGUAAGGGCGUCUAUGAUUCGACGUCUGUCCGCUACGAUCCGGAUUGGGAUCUUGACGCUAUCAAGCGAGAUAUUACAAGGAUGUAUAAGGCGAAGACUGCGUCGGCUUCCACUACGAAUGGGGCCCCGAAGGCGUGA